AUGGCCGCCUCAGGUGUUUCCACCACUGUUCCCUCCUCAUCUACCACCACCACCACCACCACCACCAACAACUCCUCCUCCUCCCACAACCAGACGUCGCAGCAGCAACACUCGUCGUCGACCUUUUCUCCCGUCACCUCACCUCCCGCAACCGACGCCCGAAGCGUCUACUCGGCCGCAUCUCGCUCCAACUCGGUUGUCUCGACCCCCGUUUCCGCCGCUUCGCCUGCCGCGAGCACACCCGGCGGUCCUUCCACACCAAAUCCGAGCGGACCGACAAAUGCCUCCCACGCCCCGCACCAACUACCUGCCAUCAGACCGAACGCUGCACAGCAACCCAUCUCAGCCAGGCCGCCUCAGGUCGUGAACAAAAUGUCCAUGGCCUCCGUAAUCAGUCCCCCGCCCGUCACAGAGGCGCCCAAGAUGUCUAUGACCACCAAGGAAUGGGUCAUACCUCCCAGGCCCAAGCCCGGCCGCAAGCCUGCCACCGAUACGCCACCCACCAAGCGCAAGGCCCAGAACCGUGCCGCUCAGAGGGCGUUCCGCGAGCGUAGGGCCGCCAGAGUUGGCGAGCUGGAGGAACAACUCGAUGAGAUCCGUGAAGGUCACGAAAAGGUCGAAAAAGACCUCAAGGACAAGGUCCACGGCCUCGAGAUGGAGCUACAGUCCUUCAAGUCCCGCUGCCUCGUUCUCGAAAAUAUGCUGGAUCGCGAGAGAAAGGAUCGUGUCAAGGCCGAGUCCGAACUUGAAAGCCAGAAGAGACGUUGGAACGAGCAGCAGGCCGCCGCCCCGAGACGCCUGCCGUCUCCCCAGCGCCGAGGUUCCCAAAUCGCUCACCACGAGCACCCCCCCACCCCAUCGGCUGGCCACGCAAACCAGCCCUUUUCCAUCUCACAGAUCGUCUCUCCCCAAGACUCAACUCACAUGGAAGACUCUCCUGCCCCGUUUGGAUGCGGGUCAUGCGGCCCUGAAGGAUGCUCCUGUGCCAACGAAAUUCUUGCCGACACCGUCACGGGAUGUGGCGGAUGCACUCUCGGAGGUAGAUGCCAGUGCCUUGAGGAGACUAUCAAAAGCGCCAUCAUCUCGGACCUAAAGAGAGCUCCCUCGCCCUCGGCGCCGACAUCCUCCGAGAAGCGUGCCCGCGUCGAGCCCACUCCGCCUGAGGAGGAGACGGAGAUUGACUUCACCGCCAUGUUCUCCAAGAAGGCACCUGUGCAACAGGUGCAACAGCACCAGCACCAGCAAGCGAACCUUGCCAUCGUGCAGCCCCAACCCCAGCUGCCUCCCGUGGCCUUCAAGGACUCAUGUGGGUUUUGUAAGGACGGAAGCUACUGCCUCUGCGCCGACACCUCAAUUCUCGGCCCACCCGCCACCACCCCUUACGGACCUCCUCCCGCCUAUUCCCAGCAGGUUCAGACUCCCCCUCCCUCAGAGAACGAUGCCGUCCCUCCCCCCAUGCCAAUGGAGAUCGACGCCGACGGCGCCGUCAAGCUCCGUCCCCGUCCCCAGACCACCCAGCCCGUCGCUCCCGUCUCUCGCGGCUGCGGCCCCAAGGGCCCCGGAUCCUGCGCCCAGUGUCUCGCCGACCCCAAGUCGGGUCUCUUCUGCCGCGCCUUGUCCGCCAACUUUGAGCGAAGUGGAGGAAGCGGCUCCGGAGGUGGCUGCUGUGGAGGUGCUGGUGCUGGAGGCGGAUGCUGCAAGUCCGAGUCCGCGCCGGCGCCGCCACCCCGUCUCCCCUCUAAGGGACGCCUCGGCCUCAGCCUGAGCUGUGCCGAAGCCUACCAGACCCUUUCCAGCCACCGAAACUUUGAAAAGGCUGCCGACGACAUUGGCUCCUGGCUUCCCAAGCUUCGCGCCGCGCCCAAGCCGGGCCAGACGCUGCCGUCGCCUUCUCGUCUACCCAUUGAGGUCGAGGCGGCGAGUAUCAUGAGCGUGCUCAAGGACUUCGACAUUCGCUUUGGCAGAGGCCAGUAA